CAUUUCGGGAAGGCGAAGAAAAGGAAGAUGGCAGCACGAGUGUUCAUUGCCAGCCUGUUGCUACUGGUCUUGUUGCAGUGGUCACCGGUGGAUGGCCAGUGUGGCGGGAACUUCACGGAGCCAACGGGAAACUUCUCAUCCCCCAAUUACCCUGACGAAUACCCAAACAACAUUUUAUGCGACUAUUUCAUCGAUGUGGAACCAGGAAACGGCAUCGAACUCACGUUCGUCGAUUUCGAACUCGAGGAUUGCCCUUGGGACCACGUAACGGUCCACGUCUCAACGGGAGUAGAGACCUAUUGCGGAGCGUUGGGAUCCGUCGGCCCGAUCCUCGAGCCAUCUUCUUCCCUUCGCAUCACAUUCGAGACGGACGACAGCAACACUUUCAGCAUUAAAAUCGUAUCAAUGUUGGAUCAGAUAGACUACACCUUCAAGUAUAAUCCAGCAGCAUUCUCAUCAGAGAUUAAGUCCCCCGGGUCGAGUUCGUCCCCAAAACAACAGGAAAAGAAAGAUCGCGCUCAUCCUCCCUAUUACGUUCCUGAAAUCAGAGGAUUCUCGGCCGAGUACCGGUCGAUCCCAGCGGGAUGCGGCGACGACCUCGAGCACGGAGGAGCCUGCUAUCGCUUCGCGGACGAACCUCGGACGGCACUGGAAGCAUCGCGCGAGUGCGAAGGCGUCGGGGCCAGCCUCGCCAGCAUCCACAGCGACGAGGAAAACGCAUUCAUCGGUGCAAACGCUCCAUCGUCGCCGCUGUGGAUUGGGCUGCGAAAGCAAGGCUCGGAUUGGGGAUGGACGGACGGAAGUCCCUACGACUACGAAAACUUCAAUCCCAACUUUCUCUCCGGGGACGAAUUUGCUUACAUGUGGAUGGAUCGGUGGGGGAACGACGAGUGUCGACGGGGCAGGGCGUUCGUGUGUCGGCUUCGGAGCGAGGACGGGGAGGACUGCCCGGAUUCUUGGAUCCACGUGGGCGAGGAUUGCUACCUCGUCGUGGACUCGAGUCGAGAGUUCCAGGCGGCCGUCGAGUUCUGUCGAGAGGCGAUGCCGCGGUCAGCGCUCUUCACGGUGGCCGAGGGAGUCAACUACGACGACGUCGUGGCUUUGGUCUUCAACGGUCAGGGGGGGAAGGAGGUCGCGGAGUUCUGGAUCGGUCUGAAGAGGGAUGACGCGCUCGCUUGGAACUGGAUCGACAACUCGACGUCCAGUGUUGAGAACUGGUCGGCGGGGUUUCCCGUAGACGAUCCGGAGAAAGAUUGCGCCUAUGCCUUCCCCAAUACCUGGGACGAUUAUCCCAAUAACCAUCUCUUUCCUUUCGUUUGCAAGAGAACCCUCCAGAUCCGUGAUUAAUGUCUUAACGUGUGCCUCGUGCCAUCUUUCUUUUUUAUGCUCUUUUAAGUUCUUUUCCA